AUGGUCUUGCUGUCCCUAACCACCAGCAUUGCUGCCACUCGCUCUACCAAAACAAAACCUCGGAGAUUUGUCACUAAAUUCAUUCACCGGGAUUCUAUUUUCUCUCCUUUUUACAAUCCUAAUGCAACCAUAGUGGACCGUGCUAGACAAGUCCAAGAAAGAUCUAUUGUACGUCUGGGAUACUUAGCAAGAGUUUCUUCUUUCGCCAACACCAAUGAUGUUCGAGCUCGUAUCAUUUCUGCAGAUGUCGAUACCAUUUUUUUGGUAAAAUUGUCCAUAGGUGAGCCACCGGUGGAGCAAAUUUUAGGCAUGGAUACAGGUAGGAAUCUAAUAUGGGUACAAUGCCAACCCUGCACAAAUUGCUUUAAGCAAUAUUCUCCAAUUUACGAUCGUUUCAAGUCAUCUACUUAUCAAAACUUAACGUGCGACUCUCCCUUUUGCCCUAAGAAUUCAUGUGAUUCUUUUGACCAUUGCGGGUUCUCAUCUGCAUAUGUUGAUCCCAGAACCUCCGCAUCCGGUAUCAUGGGGAUGGACACAUUCAGCGGCUUUUUCACAUCUGAUGAGGGAAUUGCUUCUAUUCCUUACAUGAUUUUUGGUUAUGCUUAUGAUAAUAAAGGGAUCGAUGGCCAAGUUAUUGGAAUACUAGGAUUAAGUUCAAUUAGUGUUUUCGUGUCAAAAUUUCGUAAAUUCUCCUGUUGCAUUGGCAAUAUAAUAGAUCCUAAAUGCUUCCAUAACGUCAUUAGUGUUGGAGAAAAAGUUCUUAAUAUUGACCGACAAGUCUUCGAGAUAGAUCCUAAGGGUAAAGGUGGAGUUCUUAUUGAUUCGGGAUCCACUUAUAGCUUUCUAGUCGAAGCUGCAUCUCGUCCUUUAAUGGAUGAAAUUAAUCGUGUUAAAUUUUGCAUGGCUGUCCGCCCAUCCAUGCCUGGUCUCAAUGGAUUGAACCUUGUUGGAGCAAUGGCUCAACAAAAUUAUAAUGUUGCUUACGACCUCGAAGAAGAUAAGCUUACCAUCCAGAGGACAGAUUGUCAACUUCUUGAAUAG